CGCUCCAUCCCCGGCCGCUCCCCGCCCCGCCGGGGAAGGCGCCGGGGCCAUGGGGGCCGGGUUCGGCCUGGGGCUGGCCCUGGCCCUGGCCUCCAGCGCCUUCAUCGGCGGCAGCUUCGUCCUGAAGAAGAAGGGGCUGCUCCGGCUGUGCCGCCGCGGCCGCGCCAGGGCAGGGCAAGGAGGGCACGCGUACCUGCGGGAAUGGCUCUGGUGGGCAGGGCUGCUGUGCAUGGGAGUUGGAGAAGCUGCAAAUUUUGCUGCCUAUGCCUUUGCUCCUGCAACACUGGUAACUCCACUGGGUGCUCUAAGUGUCCUUGUUAGUGCAGUUCUGUCUUCCACCUUCCUCAAUGAGCAGCUGAAUGUUCAUGGGAAGAUUGGCUGCAUCCUGAGUAUCCUGGGCUCCACUGUGAUGGUGAUCCAUGCUCCACAGGAAGAAGAGGUUUCCAGCCUGGAGUCAAUGGCAGAGAAGCUGAAAGAUCCAGGAUUCAUUGCAUUUGCUGUUUGUGUCCUGGUGAGCUCCCUUCUGCUUAUCUUUGUGGCUGGACCCCGUUAUGGACAGAGCAACGUGCUGGUUUAUGUUUUGGUCUGCUCUGCCAUUGGCUCACUGUCUGUAUCCUGCGUCAAAGGCCUGGGCAUUGCCCUCAAAGAACUGUUUUCUGGGAAGCCAGUCCUGAAAGAGCCACUGGGCUGGGUGCUCCUGGUGUGCCUGGUGAUCUGCAUCAGCAUCCAGAUCAACUACCUGAACAAAGCCUUGGACAUUUUCAACACAUCUGUGGUCACACCCGUUUACUAUGUGCUGUUCACCACAGCAGUCAUGACGUGCUCCACCAUCCUCUUCAAGGAGUGGCAGCACAUGGUGCUGGACAACGUCGUCGGCUCCAUCAGCGGCUUCCUCACCAUCGUGUCUGGCAUCUUCCUCCUGCACGCCUUCAGGGACAUGCCCUUCACCCCCAGCCUCCUGCCCCUCUUCCUGCAGCCAGGCAGGGCAGACCUACAUCCCCCAUGGAGCAGUGCAGACAGACACCAGUCCUGUCAGCACCAGCCUCUGCUGCCCUCAGAGGACAAAGGUUCUCAGAGCGCAGAGGAGGAGAAGUGAAAGCGUGUGAGGAUGCCUGUGAACUGCUGGCUUUCUGCUCCCACUGCCAAGGCUGAACAUGCUGCCUCAGCUGCUGCUGCACUAGCAGGACCUGGCAGUCACCCUCUGCCUGUCCCAGGUGGCACAUGGGUGAUGUGCCACUGACAGGAGUCUGGCAGAGCCAGCAGCCUCCUGUGGCUCCAGACAGGAGCCCUGGGAAGCGCCCAGUUCCUUGGAUCCUGUGCUUCUUCGCUGUUCUUUUACGUGAAGAAUUGAUCUGCCCUCAUCAGGACCCAGAACCUGGCUGUGCAGAGACCUGCAGCACUAACACAGUGCUAACCCUGCAUGGCACACCACACCUCUGGGGAGGCCUUGUAGCAUUUUUUAAAAACAGGAUUAACAGCUACAAAAUGAUCUAACAUGGUGCUAAGGUUACACAGAGAGAAGAUGGAUGUCUGGCUUGAAAGGUGACACACACAGAAUAGUAAUUAAAGAUUCCUCUGUCAAGUACUUGUUUUGCUCACUCUGCUAGAAUUUAUUUACAGAUUCACAUCCAAGAACAGAAUACAGCCCAAACUGGGAAACUUCAGUGGUGCUGCCACAUGCUGCUGUGGCUCUUCAGAGGGACCAACCUCUUCAUGCAACAUCUGCUGUGCAGGUUGAUGAAGCACCUGCUUACUGUAUUCUAUUAAAAACUGAUCUGUUCAGUUCCUCAA